UCCAUCUCCCCUUCUUCCCCUUGACGUGGUUUGAUUCUCUUCAGAUCCGAUCGCGUUCCAUCUUUGCACCAUGUCUUCCCUGCUUGGAGCUGCGUACGACUCCAGCGAUGAUGACGCCGCAGCAACUGCCUCCAAGAACACUUCGGCGCCGACAGCGACCAAGAUCGUUGCAGCGCCAGAGGUGAAUACAGAGGUUUGGUCCCACUCGUUUCUUGGAUUUUUAUUCUUAUAAACAAUGGAUAUAUUUCUUCAAGUCAGAUAAGCGGACAAUUGAUAUCUAACAGCUGCUACAGAACCAGGCGCAUAUGCAGAUGAUGCUCUCAAACACCACGAAUGCUCUCACCUACAACGCAACAUACGAUGAGUUGAUGCGUCCAUCCCAGGGCCCGGUAAACCCUUUUAAACCCACAGGCGUUGGAAAUGGCCUUAAGCGUAAGAAUGUUCCGACCGGGUACGCUCAAGAGACAGCCAUCAGUGAGGCAACUUUUGCCGCCCAGCAUCGCACGUUCCAGAGCUUGGGUUACACGCGCAAUCCGACGAUGCCGAAGCAGUAUAUUGGGGAUCUACAAAAGGUUUCUCAAUAUGGGGGACGGGACGUUGUGCAAAUGAAGCCUUCCAAGGAGGUAUCUGCGGCUUUGCGGGCGAAGCGGCAAAAAAAGGGUGAUCCCAGCAUCGUUGAGGGUGAGGGGGCGUAUGUUGGCCCAUGGGCCAAAUAUGAAGAUGAUGACCGGUUAUAUGAGGAGCAGGAAGCUGGGGAAGACUAUGAACUUGCCAGUGGUGAGGAGUACGUGGAGGAGGAUAUCGUACCGGCGCAGAUGCCACCCAUGAGCAAGGAGGCCACAGAUUACCAGGACGAUGCGUCACAAGUGGAAUCGACAGAGUUCCAUGGAUCCGAGCUAUACGAUUAUUUGGGCAGAACAUAUAUGCACGUUCCUCUGGAUCUGGAUAUCGAUCUGAAGAAGGAGGUGGGGAGUAUCAAGAACUACGUGCCAAGGAAACUUAUUCAUACCUGGAAGUCGCACACAAAACCUAUUACAUCACUGCGAUUCUUCCCCAAUUCAGGGCAUCUGUUGCUCUCCUCUGCAGCUGACGGAAAGGCCAAGAUCUGGGACGUGUACCAUAACCGGGACCUUCUGCGGACAUUUUCCGGGCAUUCCAAGGCCAUUACGGACACUGACUUCCAUCCAACUGGGAAGACCUUCCUUACUGCUUCAUAUGAUCGUCAAAUUAAACUGUGGGAUACCGAGUACGGCAAAUGUCUCGGCCGCUUUUCGACCGGCAAGACUCCACACGUCAUCCGCUUCAACCCCUCCCCCGAACGCUCUCACGAGUUCCUGGCCGGUAUGUCCGACAAGAAGAUUGUCCAGUUUGAUACCCGGUCUGGCGAGCUCGUCCAAGAAUACGACCACCAUCUGGCAGCAAUCAACACCAUCACCUUCGUCGACGAGAACCGCCGCUUCAUCUCCACGUCCGACGACAAGUCUCUCCGCGCAUGGGAAUACGACAUCCCAGUCCCCAUUAAAUUUAUCGCGGAGCCGUACAUGUUCGCUCUCACGCGUGCCGACCUCCACCCGAACGGCAAAUACGUCGCCUUCCAGUCCGGCGACAAUCAAAUCGUCGUAUACGGCGCCACGGACAAAUUCCGACAGAACAGGAAAAAGAGCUUCCGCGGCCACAAUAACGCCGGAUACGCGAUUGAUGUCAAGGUCUCCCCCGAUGGUCAGUUCGUCUCCUCCGGUGAUAGUGGCGGCUACAUCUGCUUCUGGGACUGGAAGACCGGGAAGAUGUACCAUAAGAUUAUGGCUGGGGGGAAAGAAGGCGGUGCCGUUACCUGUUUGGACUGGCAUCCGCAGGAAACCAGCAAGGUGGCUACGGGUGGUUUGGAGGGUGUUAUUAAAUAUUGGGAUUAAUUGGUUUUAUUUGAUGGAGUUAUGAUCUUAUAGGUUACUGCAUAAAUAUUCUCCCUUUGACUUCUACGACCUGGCUCUUUACAUGCAAUCUCUGCUAAGCCCUGACUGCGUGUCACAUUUCCCUCAGUGAGCCUGGCCAUUAUUUUUGUGUUUUGCCCACUUGCCUACAGUUUCAUGGAAGUUUCAAGCACCUUACACUAAAGAAUCCAAUAAGCGGCCUGCGUGACCUUGUAAACAUGUGGAUAGACACAGUCCAACCCUGAUAGCUCACCACAGCUGCAAAAUUGUAGCUUUUUG